CGGGCGGCGGGCCGGCUGUGAUGCGGCACUGCGGUCCUGCGGCCGGCGCUCCCUCUCCUCCGGAGGGCCGGGCGGAAGGCUAGGCGGGAGCGCGGCGGCGGCGGCGUGGGGCCAGGGCUUCCCAGAGGCGCGCUAAGAAAAAAAGAAAUAAAAAAGGGAGGGCGCUGGCGGGGCCCCGCACCCUGGGGGCUGAGAGACACCCCGAUUCAAGCCCCCCACCCCGCGGGGAGGGGCAGGGGGCGGCCGGCCGGGGGAUGGCGUGUGCUCGGGGGGAAGGGGCGAGCCCUGCCUGCGGUUGGUGAGGGGCUGCGGCCGGAGGCGGAGGAGGAGGCGCCGGUGGGUGGAAGGUGCUGAGCGGGGCGCGGAGGGCGAGCCCGGCAGCCCUCGCCGUGACAGCCGACGUGGUGCCUCCUUGUCGCCCGCCUUGCGGUUAAUUCAUUGGGGGCGGCUUGGCGGAUCGGGCUCCUCCCGGAGCCGGGCCACCUGGACGGGCUUUUUGUCUGGCUGCCCCGGCCCCCUUCCCCUUCCUCCUCCUCCUCCCGAUGCCUCUCCCCUGCCCCUCCUCGCCCGGUACGGCAUUGCCUGCGCGGCUCGUGGCUGCUGUCGAAGCCACCGCUUCUCGGGGUUUCGGCUCCUUUCCCUGCUGGGGUGUCUUUUUUCCUUUUUCUUCCCCCCCCCCUUUUUUUUUUGAGGUGGGAGAGUGUUUCCCCUCCACGAUGGGGUUUUCUUCCCGUGCCAGCAUAGACUUUCAUUGAUUUUUACUUGUGCAGCGUGUAGUGACCGGGUUCCCUAGGCGUAUUUUUGUGGUGGUGGUUCCUUUUUUUUUUUUUUCUUCUUCUCUUUCCCCAAAUACAUGAGCUGUAAAAUGGAGAACGAGAUUUUUACUCCCCUCCUGGAGCAGUUCAUGAGCAGCCCUCUGGUCACUUGGGUCAAAACGUUCGGACCGCUGGCUGCAGGAAACGGGACCAACCUGGAGGAAUAUGUGGCUCUGGUGGAUGGGGUGUUCUUGAACCAGGUCAUGCUCCACAUUAAUCCCAAAUCGGAGAUUCAGAGAGUAAAUAAAAAGGUCAACAAUGAUGCCUCACUUAGAAUUCAUAAUCUAUCCAUUUUGGUGAGACAGAUAAAAUGUUAUUAUCAGGAAACAUUGCAGCAGUUGAUCAUGAUGUCAUUGCCAAAUAUCUUAAUUAUUGGGAAAACCCCCUUUUGUGAACAAGGCACAGAAGAAGUUAAAAAGUUGCUUUUACUUUUAUUGGGUUGUGCAGUUCAGUGUCAGAAAAAAGAAGAAUUUAUUGAAAGAAUUCAAGGUUUAGAUUUUGAUACAAAAGCAGCAGUUGCAGCACAUAUUCAAGAGGUUACCCAUAAUCAGGAAAAUGUGUUUGAUUUGCAAUGGAUGGAAGUUACUGAUAUGUCUCAGGAGGAAAUAGAACCACUCUUGAAAAAUAUGGUGUUGCAUCUAAAAAGACUUAUAGAUGAGAGAGAUGAACAUUCAGAGACUAUCAUAGAACUCUCUGAAGAGCGGGACGGUCUUCAUUUCCUACCCCACGCCUCUUCGUCCGCACAGUCACCCUGUGGUUCUCCUGGCAUGAAGCGGACAGAAAGUCGACAACAUCUGUCAGUGGAACUGGCAGAUGCUAAGGCCAAGAUAAGAAGGCUGAGGCAGGAAUUGGAGGAAAAGACUGAACAGUUGCUGGACUGCAAACAAGAACUUGAGCAAAUGGAAAUAGAACUAAAAAGGCUGCAGCAAGAGAACAUGAAUUUGCUUUCGGAUGCUCGCUCUGCAAGAAUGUAUCGAGAUGAAUUAGAUGCACUUCGAGAGAAGGCAAUCAGAGUUGAUAAGCUUGAAAGUGAAGUCAGCAGAUAUAAAGAAAGGCUACAUGAUAUUGAGUUUUAUAAAGCAAGAGUUGAGGAAUUAAAAGAAGACAAUCAAGUUUUGCUAGAAACAAAAACCAUGUUGGAAGACCAAUUAGAAGGAACUCGAGCUCGUUCUGAUAAAUUACAUGAAUUAGAAAAAGAGAAUUUACAACUAAAGGCUAAACUGCAUGAUAUGGAAAUGGAACGCGAUAUGGAUAGAAAAAAGAUUGAAGAAUUAAUGGAAGAAAAUAUGACUUUGGAAAUGGCACAGAAACAAAGUAUGGAUGAAUCAUUACAUCUUGGCUGGGAAUUAGAACAAAUAUCCAAAACUAGUGAACUUUCUGAAGCACCACAGAAAUCUUUGGGCCAUGAGGUGAGUGAAUUAACAUCAAGUAGGUUACUGAAGUUGGAGAUGGAAAACCAGAGUUUGACAAAAACUGUAGAAGAGCUUCGAAGUACUAUGGAUUCUGCAGAAGGAAACACUUCCAAAAUCCUGAAAAUUGAAAAAGAAAAUCAAAUAUUAAGUAAAAAGGUUGAAAUUCUUGAAAAUGAGAUUGUUCAAGAAAAGCAAAGUCUUCAGAAUUGUCAGAAUUUAAGCAAGGAUCUAAUGAAGGAGAAGGCUCAGCUUGAAAAAACAAUUGAAACGCUUAGAGAAAAUUCAGAGAAACAGAUUAAAAUAUUGGAGCAGGAAAAUGAACAUCUGAAUCAAACUGUGUCUUCCUUAAGGCAGCGCUCCCAGAUAAGUGCUGAAGCAAGGGUGAAAGACAUUGAAAAAGAAAAUAAAAUUCUCCACGAGUCUAUCAAAGAAACAAGUAGCAAGUUAAGCAAGAUUGAAUUUGAAAAAAGACAAAUUAGGAAAGAAUUGGAACAUUAUAAAGAAAAAGGAGAACGAGCAGAAGAACUUGAAAAUGAGUUGCAUCAUCUUGAAAAAGAAAAUGAAUUGUUACAGAAAAAAAUAACCAAUUUAAAAAUUACUUGUGAAAAAAUUGAGGCCUUAGAACAAGAAAAUUCAGAGCUAGAAAGAGAAAAUAGGAAAUUUAAAAAAAGAUUGGAUAGCUUUAAAAACCUUACUUUUCAGUUAGAAUCCCUAGAGAAAGAGAAUUCCCAACUUGAUGAGGAAAACUUGGAAUUGCGGAGAAACGUGGAGUCUUUGAAGUGUGCAAGCAUGAAAAUGGCUCAGCUGCAACUAGAAAAUAAAGAACUGGAAAGUGAAAAAGAGCAGCUUAAGAAGGGUUUAGAGCUUAUGAAAGCAUCAUUCAAGAAAUCAGAACGCUUAGAAGUUAGCUACCAGGGUUUAGAUACAGAAAAUCAAAGGCUACAGAAGGCUCUAGAGAACAGCAAUAAAAAAAUUCAGCAGUUAGAGAGUGAACUACAAGACUUAGAGAUGGAAAAUCAAACAUUGCAAAAAAACUUAGAAGAGCUAAAAAUAUCCAGCAAAAGACUAGAACAGCUAGAAAAGGAAAACAAAUCAUUAGAGCAAGAGACUUCUCAACUGGAGAAAGAUAAGAAACAGCUGGAGAAGGAAAAUAAGAGACUCCGACAACAAGCAGAAAUAAAAGAUACCACGUUAGAAGAAAAUAAUGUGAAAAUUGGAAAUUUGGAGAAAGAAAACAAAACUCUAUUCAAGGAGAUUGGUGUUUAUAAAGAAUCUUGUAUUCGUCUGAAAGAAUUAGAGAAAGAAAAUAAGGAACUUGUCAAAAGAGCAACUAUUGAUAUAAAAACUUUGGUUACAUUACGUGAGGAUUUGGUGAGUGAAAAAUUGAAGACACAACAAAUGAAUAAUGAUCUUGAAAAAUUAACCCAUGAGCUUGAGAAGAUAGGGUUAAAUAAAGAACGACUCUUACAUGAUGAGCAAAGUACUGAUGACAGUAGGUACAAACUUUUGGAAUCAAAAUUAGAAUCCACUCUAAAGAAGUCCCUUGAAAUAAAAGAGGAAAAAAUUGCUGCUUUAGAAGCUCGAUUAGAAGAAUCCACAAAUUAUAACCAGCAAUUGCGCCAAGAACUUAAAACAGUGAAAAAGAAUUAUGAAGCCCUUAAACAGAGACAAGAUGAGGAACGGAUGGUACAGAGCCCUCCUUCCACUUCCAGCGAAGAUAACAAAUGGGAGCGAGAAAGUCAAGAAACAACAAGAGAACUUCUGAAAGUUAAAGACAGAUUGAUUGAAGUAGAAAGAAACAAUGCUACACUACAAGCAGAGAAGCAAGCACUGAAAACUCAACUGAAGCAACUUGAGACACAGAACAAUAAUUUGCAGGCUCAGAUUCUUGCACUUCAGAGGCAGACAGUGUCAUUACAAGAGCAGAAUACUACUCUUCAAACACAGAAUGCCAAACUUCAGGUUGAAAAUUCCACACUUAAUUCCCAAAGUACCUCUCUUAUGAACCAGAAUGCACAACUACUAAUCCAGCAGUCUUCCUUAGAAAAUGAAAAUGAGUCUGUAAUCAAAGAGCGAGAAGAUCUGAAAUCUCUCUAUGAUUCUCUGAUCAAAGACCAUGAGAAACUGGAACUUCUUCAUGAACGGCAGGCUUCAGAGUAUGAAUCUCUCAUUGCUAAACAUGGAACUCUAAAGUCUGCCCACAAAAAUCUUGAGGUGGAGCAUAAAGACCUCGAAGAUCGUUAUAAUCAGUUACUAAAACAGAAAGGACAAUUGGAAGAUUUGGAAAAAGCACUGAAAGUAGAACAGGAAAAAAUGCUGCUUGAAAACAAAAACCACGAGACUGUAGCUGCAGAAUACAAGAAACUUUGUGGUGAAAAUGAUAGGUUGAAUCAUACAUAUAAUCAGCUUUUAAAAGAAACUGAAGUUUUACAAACCGACCAUAAAAACUUGAAAAGUCUUCUAAAUAAUUCCAAACUGGAACAAACAAGAUUAGAAGCUGAAUUUUCGAAGCUGAAGGAACAAUACCAACAGUUGGACAUUACAUCCACCAAGCUGAAUAACCAGUGUGAGUUGCUAAGCCAACUUAAAGGAAAUUUAGAAGAAGAAAAUCGGCAUCUACUAGAUCAAAUCCAGACAUUAAUGCUGCAGAACAGAACACUGUUGGAGCAGAAUAUGGAAAGCAAGGAUCUUUUUCAUGUUGAACAAAGACAGUACAUUGAUAAGUUAAAUGAAUUAAGACGACAAAAGGAGAAAUUAGAAGAGAAAAUUAUGGAUCAAUAUAAAUUUUAUGAGCCAUCUCCUCCUAGAAGGAGAGGCAACUGGAUUACUCUAAAAAUGAGAAAAUUGAUAAAGUCUAAGAAAGAUAUUAACCGGGAACGUCAGAAAUCUCUAACAUUAACACCUACUCGCUCAGACUCCGGUGAAGGAUUUCUUCAGCUCCCCCACCAAGAUAGCCAGGACAGUUCUUCAGUAGGCUCAAACUCUCUAGAAGAUGGCCAAACUUUGGGGACCAAGAAAAGCAGCAUGGUUGCACUGAAAAGACUGCCCUUUUUGAGGAACAGACCGAAGGAUAAAGACAAAAUGAAGGCCUGCUACCGUCGUUCCAUGUCCAUGAAUGACCUGGUGCAGUCCAUGGUCCUAGCAGGAGGACAGUGGACAGGUAGUACUGAGAAUCUGGAGGUUCCGGAUGAUAUUUCAACGGGUAAAAGGAGAAAAGAAUUGGGAGCUAUGGCCUUCUCCACUACAGCAAUCAACUUUUCAACUGUCAACUCUUCUGCAGGCUUCAGAUCCAAGCAGUUGGUUAAUAAUAAAGAUGCUACAUCCUUUGAAGAUAUAAGUCCACAUGGUAUUAGUGAUGAUUCUAGUACAGGAUCAAGAGUUCAUGCUUCGAGACCAGCCAGCCUUGAUAGUGGCAGGACAUCCACUAGCAAUAGCAAUAAUAACGCCUCACUCCAUGAAGUUAAAGCAGGUGCAGUUAAUAUCCAGAGCAGACCACAAAGCCAUAGCAGUGGGGAAUUUAGCUUGCUUCAUGAUCAUGAGGCUUGGUCCAGUAGUGGUAGCAGUCCAAUCCAGUACUUGAAAAGACAGACCAGAUCAAGUCCAGCGCUCCAGCACAAAGUGCCUGAAACUGAGAGUCGAGCACAUCACAAGAUCAAAACUGGUUCCCCUGGAAGUGAAGUUGUUACUCUACAACAGUUUUUGGAAGAAAGCAACAAGCUUACCUCAAUACAGAUAAAGUCCUCAAGCCAAGAUAACCUUUUAGAUGAAGUAAUGAAAAGUUUGUCUGUCUCUUCUGACUUUUUGGGAAAAAGCAAACCCGUUAGCUGUGGCCUGGCCAGGUCGGUAAGUGGAAAAAGCCCAGGAGACUUCUAUGAUAGACGGACCACUAAGCCGGAACCGUUUGUGAGGCCUGGCCCUCAGAAGACUGAAGAUGCCUGCUCUGUUAGUUCUCCAGGAAAACCUACACCAGGCACUCAAGGAAAGAUGAAACUGGUAAAAGAAUCUUCUUUGUCACGACAAUCAAAAGAUAGUAAUCCUUAUGCCACUUUACCUCGUGCCAGCAGUGUGAUCUCUACUGCGGAAGGGACUACUCGGAGGACAAGCAUCCAUGAUUUUCUGACCAAGGACAGUAGACUGCCUAUGUCAGUUGACUCAUCACCAGCUGUUGCUGAUAGCCACAUCACUGCAGCAUCUAAUGUGGACAAAGUACAAGAAAGCAGAAAUUCAAAAAGCAGGUCUAGGGAGCCACAAAGCUCCUAAUUCUAUUACCCACUACAUGACAUGUGGGCCAAGUGAGAGAAAAGUGUCCUUCAUUUUCUCAGUAUGAAGCCUUUAUUUCUGAAGUAACAAGACACCCAACUAUAGAAAUCACUUUUUUAAAUCUUUAAGGAGACUUUAUACAAUUCUGCGUGACUAGAGCAGGCAAGAAACACAAACCUUCAUUCCUUCCUUGAAUCAAGGAGCACUACUGGAGUCAACUGCCAAAAUUUUUAGAAGGUUUUAGGACUCACUAUACAUUGUACUAUUAAGAUCUACUGAAUAAAGGAUGUUCUCUCGCUAAGGACCAAGUGUUUUGAGGUUUCAAGAAGUACUCCAAGAACAACCUACUUCUUUCAUCAUUUGUUUAUGAAUUGAUUCAUGUUUGCUUAAUGCUUCUGCUAAGAAUUAGCAAAAAAUCUAGUGAUUUAUAUUUAGUUGUGUAAUCUAAAUCAAAUGCUGUAGUAUGUUGUGGAAUGUACUAUAUAUCAAGAUACAGAGAACCUUGGUUUUGGCAUGCCAGAAUCUUAUUUGGUUAGCAGACUGCAUGUAUUGGUAUUUUUUUUAAGCCAAUUAUUUUGGUGCACUGAACAAGAAAUUCGGUUUAUACGAUCAAUCUGAAAAAUCCAUAAUGAGAUAGGAGUUAUAAAAAACUUACAGUGAUAUUAAUCUCCCCAUAUUCCCCAAUAAGCAACACUAAGCAUUCAAAUUAAGUAAAGAGUGUUUUCCUGAAACUUUUAAGUAAGGUGGUUUUCCAGUAAAUGGCAUUCCCAAGAUAAAGUUGUAUUUUAACUCAUUUCCCCUCUUUAGUAUUGGGUUAUGUAUGUUUGUUUUUUUAACUUGAGAGUUGACUGUUGCUUAAGUUUUCUAUGGCAAAUAUAAUGUAAAUAACUUACUAUGAUCUGCAUUUUGCCAGGAACUCACUUAUUCUUAAGAUUAUCACUUAAUAAGAAUUUUUCUGGUUUUGUCCUUUAUAAUAUUAAAGUUGGUAACUUUAUUGGUACUUUUGAAAUAUUUGUAUGCAUUUGUUACCUUAAACAUUUGAAAGAAGCACAAAAAAGUAGAUUUAAUUAAUUUAACCCAGGGAAACAUCAGUUCUUUUUGUAGUUCCAAUUUUAUAUCACAGUUUUAUUUUCUUACAAAAUCAAAAAAAUGCAUUGAUACCUGUUAAUGCAAAUUCAUUAUUUAACAUAAAUAUCAGAAUAAUCUUAAAGGUCUUAAGUGAGGAAGAUAUUGAUUUUUUUUUAUUUUAACAGUGUACUUCUUAUGCUUUCAUUACCAGCUCUAAAAAUCUUUUUGGAAUAAUUCAUAUUCUUGUGUGUAGUUUAUGUGAACUGUGUGUUUAUAACUAACCUAGAUGUCAUGAGAAAUGUGUUGUUUUGCUCUCCCUCCCUCCCUCUCUCUUCCUUUUCUCCCUCCUCCACCUUUUUCUCUCUCGUGUAUAUUUAUCUUUUUUGGAGAGGGUAGGCCAGUAGCUAUGUUGUGAUCAGAGUCUACUUUCAGAAAGACCAUUAAUGAAAAGACAGAAUGUAUAGUUGACCAGAAACUAAAUGGGAAAUUAGCAAACUUGGUUAACUUAGCCACUAUUUAACUUAGGCCUUGCCACCAAAUAGGGCUGUAAAGUUAAAUCACUUUUAAAGUCUUGGCUGAAAGGUGCUGUGUAGUGUAAAUACAAAGGAUUCUUACUAAAAUAUAGUUAUUACACAACAGACAUAUUUAAAACGUAUUCUCUAGACUUUGAAAGAUCUCUCUCCAUCAUGACUCCCUAGAUUCAAGUAUCAAAUUGCUCAUUGGGCAUCAUGGCAGUCUGGAGACACUUACAUGUAAAAAAUGUAAACUCAUUUUUAGGUGGAUAAAUGGAAAAUAAAUAUAGAAAUUAUGUUUUAGCUAAAAUACAGUGAGUAAUUUAGUUUAUAUUAACUAGCUUCUAAUUUGCACAAGUAGGACACAUCCCCGGACACUUACUGAAAAUCAAAAUUAAUGAGUAGGAGGUGGCCCAAUGGGGGUGACUGAUAUCACAGCUUGGCCUCUCCAGGUUACAGAUGUCCUAAAACAGAGAGCUGCUCACAUAAGCAGCACAUUAUCCCUUCAAGUAGGAAACACUAAGGCAGCCUGUAAAGUACUGAAUCUGCGUAGGCUGGCUGUGAGAAAGUCCGGUUAAAGCACCAACCAAGGGAACACUUGAAACUGCAAAAGUAAGAAUAGUCUCAAUUAUAUUCAUCCCCCUUUUCAUAACAAUUCAAGAAAGGACUAAAUAAUAACCACACGAAUAUUUUACUUUCUCCAAAAGGCAUCAUUGGAAGCAAACUUAGUAGGAAGUCACUCUUUUCCUUAAACAAAAUAGUGUGGCUAACUAGAAACUAACUGGGGCCUUUUUACUGGAGCCUGACAUGCUUUUAAUUAUCUGGUUUUAUUCUAAAUCGACACCUAACCCCCGCACCUGACCCCACCCCAAAAAAACACCGAAGAAUUUAAUAUACAGGGUAAGAGUUUUGGCCUAGAACUCCAAUACAGUGCUUCAGAUCUGGCCAUGUGGAAAUUUUGGUCCAAGUUUUUGAACUGGUGGUUACCAAAGAGUUCACAAAACAGGUUUGUAUGUAGCACCUUUCAUGCAAGGCAUGGUAAGAGCCUACUUAAAAAUCACUGUGCACAUUACAGAAUUGCAGCCACCUCACAAAUGAAGUAUUACAGCCUGCACUGUCUUAACAGUUUAUGUCAGAAAGUGAAAAAGACAUUGUACCAAAUCUGGAUUACAGUGCGGAAUAAUGUAUGCUAAAUGACUUGUAUUUUAAGUUACUUAGGAGAAAAGUGAUCAUUUUUUAUUUUUAUUUUUUGCUAUACUUAGUCCUGAGAUUUUUUUUUAAAGUCUUGAAUGAAUAAUACAAAAGGAGCCCAUUUUAUAAUAUCAAACUUGAUGUACAUGUUGAAAUAUUUGGACAAUGAAAAUGCCUUAAACGGAAUGCUUAUAAAGUUGCACUUAUAACACCCAUUAACAAAACCUGGUUAUAAAUUGUCUUUUUCUUUUCUACUAAGGUUUCUCUUUUGAUGUUUGCCAUUGUACUUAAAAAUGUUAUUAAAUACCAAAUCAAAUAAUAUAAAAGCUGUAACAUUUCCUUUCAGAGUAAUGCUACUGAGGGAUCUGAAGUUGAACAGCAAAAUGUUUGGCAGUACCUAAUAUCAGCCACAGAAAUCCAGUUUAUAAUGACACCAUUGUUUAUCUUUUUUAAAAACAUCACUUUAUUAUUUUAGUUUUUAACUUUUUUAAAAAAAUUAGGUUGGCUUAACAUUUGCUUAUCAAACUGAUAUAAAAAAUAAAGCAAAGGUGGUUUUUAUAACAAAUGGUUAGUAAUCAUUUAAAAUUUGUAAAAUAUGAUUUAGCCAAGUAUUCUUUCCUUUCCCUUUGCCCUGAAAAACCAAUUUUCACAUAACUCAUAACCUUAUUUAGAUGAUUGUGUCCUAAUCAUUUUGGGAUGGGGUUUAGAGGUUUUGGGAGAAAGAGAAAAGAGUAUCAGUUGUCAAUUCCAAAAUAGGUUUAAAUACAUUAAGAGAUUUUUCAGCCCUAGCUGGGUUGCUCAGUUUGUUGGUUAUGGUUCUCUUCUGUCCCUGGACAGGGCACAUACAAGAACCAACCAAUAAAUGCAUAAAUAAGUGGAACAACAAAUCAAUAUUUCUAAAAUAAAAAAUCAAUAAACCAUAGAUUGUACAAAUCAGUAUCUCAUCUUCACUCAUAGCCAUUGGAAGCAGAAUGUUAGAGAUGGCAACCAGCCUUGUGUCCUUGAGCAGGUCAUUCUUUCUGGAACUGUUCCCGUCAUAGGUGGGGAAGGGCAAUUAGACCACUUAUCUAAGGUCUUUGGAUCUAUUCAUUAAAUCUUCAUUUAAUAUGCAAAGCAACCUAAAACUUACUCUUAGAGAUACAGUAGGUAAAAACUAACAUGGCAAAUCAGGAUAAAGUUAUCAUUUAUGAAGUGUUUAUUAUUAAUUCCACAUCUCAAAUCUGUU